AAAAUGAAAAUACUAGAAUACAACAAAUAAUGUACUAGUGUUAUAUAAUUCUGUGGUCCAAUUCAAUACAACAAAAAAUUUCUGAGAGACCCACAAAGUGAAAUAAUCAUCAAAAGCAUGGAAUGGAACUGUUAAAGUAGAAAACACAGUUCAUGAGCUAUCAUCAUCCAUUCUCCUUUUGCUUUUUCGGUUCCUGUGCUGUUUCUUUUCUCUACUUUACAAAUUUAACAAAACAAUCCACUCAUUGUUUUCAACACUGAAAGGGUUUCAGAACACACCAUUUUUAGUGAUUCAAUUUGAGGAAAAAGCAGAUUCAGCUUCAGAGAUUACCUUACAAGUGUUGAUUUUUAUGAAGGAAAAGCAGUUAAUUCAAAGGACGAAUUCAACUUCCGGAAACACUGGAACAAAAUUUGGCUAAAUAUUCUCUUACCCUUUGACUUGACUAUGUAGUUAGUUAGUUAGUACAAUUAAUGUUUGUUACAUAGAAACUUGUAACUUGUUUGGUUAUGUCUGGUUUUUCAACAGCCAUUUUCUCACUGAUGCAAUCUUAGUAUCUUGUUCCAAAUUAGUUUUGUGUCUGUAAAAAUCAUUGCUUUACAUAAACAUGGGUGAUGUUAGGCUUAAUAGGGUAGAUCAAGGACAAGCCAAGAUUAGGAAUGUUCCAAUAGCUGUUACCCCUGAAGGGUUUUGGUGUUGUCCUUCACCUGUUGUGUUUCAGAAAAGUCAUAAGCCUCAAAAUCCUUUGAAUAAAACCAAACCUUCUUCAUCACCACCACAACCACAACCUAAAACUAGUGUUCAGAAAAAGCCGGUCGCGGUGCAAGUGACUGAGAGAAGAGGUUCUGCACCUGCACCAUCUAGAUUGGUGAUUUCUGAUGAUCAACAAUGUAGUAUUGGUGUAGAAAGGUCUUUAGCCGGAACAUCUUUAGCUGCUGAGAGAGUAUCUUCUAGACCGAAAAUUGAAACCAUGCCGCGAAAGGUGGCUAUUGAGUUUGGUGAACCUGGAACAUGUGAUAUGAAGGUGGUUUUAUUAGGGAAGCAAGGGUUUUCUGUUAAGUUGAGUGUGCAUAGGGAUGUUCUGAUAGAGAAGAGUAGUUUCUUUUCUGAAAAGAUUUCGGAGCAAUCGGAUAUGUCUUGUCUUCAAAUCGGCGAUUGUGAGGAUGUUGAAAUAUAUGUUGAAACUGUUGGUUUGAUGUACUGCAAGGAAAUGAAACAGAGGCUUAUGAAACAGAAUGUUUCUCGCAUUCUUCGAAUUCUUAAGGUUGCAGAAUUCCUUGGCUUCAGCUCGUGUGUCCAAUCAUGCUUGGAGUAUUUGGAGGCUGUCCCAUGGGUUGGAGAUGAAGAAGAAGAAAAAGUGGUCUCAACUGUACUUCAACUCCAAGGGGAAGGAAUUGGAGUCAACCCUGUGUUGAAACGAAUUUCUUCUGACGUUUCCAAUGUCCCGAAAGACACACUUUCCCACAUUAUUGAACUUGUUCUCAAAAGCAACGAGGAAAAAGGUCGCCGGGAGAUGAAAUCCAUAGUCCUAAAGCUCCUUAGAGAGAACAACAGUCUUCCAAGUUACGCGCGUUCCACCGACAGCUGUAAUGACAUGAUAUAUAGAUCAUGCAGAAGCUGCUUAGAUUCGUUAGUGUCUCUCUUCAAGCAGGCUGCAGAACCAACUUUUGCAGAUAAACCAAGCGACGGAAGAGAUUCCGUAGUAAAGCAUAUAGCUCUUGAAGCUGAUAACCUUUCGUGGUUGCUUGAUAUCUUAGUUGACAAACAAGCUGCUGAUGAGUUUGCGCUAUUAUGGGCAAACCAGCAGGAGCUAGCUGUCUUACAUGCGAAGUUGCCAAUUGUAUCCCGUUAUCACGUCAGCUGCAUUUCCGGAAAACUAUAUGUCGGCAUUGGUAGAGGGGAGUUGUUGCCAUUGAAAGACACGCGGCAAUUGUUAUUGCAAACAUGGCUGCAGCCUCUAAUGAGUGACUACAAUUGGCUACAACACGGAUGCAGGUCGUUUGAUAGGAAACUUGUCGAGGAAGGAAUUGGGAGGACGAUUCUCACCUUGCCUUUGGAGGAUCAACAAAGUAUUUUGCUUUCUUGGGUUGGAAGUUUCUUGAAAACUGGAGAUAGCUGUCCUAAUCUUCAAAGAGCUUUUGAGGUCUGGUGGCGCAGAACAUUCAUUAGGCCAUAUGUCGAAAAUCAAGGUAAUGCCGUGUCAGAUAGUUCGACGAUGUCAAAGAAGGACGAAUAAAUAAAGAAGUAGUGGAAUUGCAUUUUAUAUAACUGAGUUUAACGGAUUGUAGAGAUUAAGUAGACAGCAGAACGUGUGUUAACCUUUUCCAGCAGCUGACAAAAAGUUUAGCAUUGAAAUGUGUUAUUUGUAAUUGCAUGAGUUGAUUGUGGAUUCUGUGUGGAAACAUCACUCAAUUGAUGAAUUUUCUUGUUUUUGUUUUUUUGUAUAAUCUCUUCAAAGGAGUGGAAUGGAUUCUUAGUUUUUAACUAA